CAUCCCGAAACCGAAAUAUUAGUAUUUGAUUUUAAUUCACAUGUAAAUAUAUAUAUAUAUAUAUAUAUAUAUUUAUUUCUUUUAAUGUGUGUGUGUGUGUAUAUAUGAAAUCCUCGAGGAUUCAGAUUGAAGAAUUGGUUCAAUUUCUUGGAUCCAAAUCCUAAAUAUAUUACUCUUCCCAUUUCCUCUCAAUCUCUUCUUCUUCUUCAAUCCUCUUCCUUCUGCCAUUACCCAUGGGGAUUCUCGCUGACAGUGGGUCAGGUUCUUCUCUCAAGUUCUUGAUUUACGGCCGGACUGGCUGGAUUGGCGGUUUGCUUGGCCACCUCUGCCAACAACAGGGUAUCGAUUUCACUUACGGCUCUGGCCGCCUCGAGAACCGCGCCUCCCUCGAGGCUGAUAUCGCCGCUGUCAAGCCAACCCAUGUCUUCAACGCUGCUGGAGUCACUGGCCGCCCCAACGUCGAUUGGUGCGAAUCGCAUAAGGUCGAGACCAUUAGAACCAAUGUGGUCGGAACCUUGACCUUGGCCGAUGUGUGCCGUGAGAGAGGCUUGAUCUUGAUUAAUUAUGCCACUGGCUGCAUUUUCGAGUAUGAUUCCGCACAUCCUAUCAAUUCGGGGAUUGGAUUCAAGGAGGAUGAAAUCCCUAAUUUUAUUGGAUCCUUCUAUUCCAAGACGAAAGCUAUGGUUGAGGAUCUACUAAAGAACUAUGAGAAUGUGUGCACUUUGCGCGUUCGGAUGCCUAUAUCCUCGGACUUAUCAAAUCCUCGCAACUUCAUUACCAAGAUUACUAGAUAUGAGAAGGUUGUCGACAUCCCAAACUCAAUGACAAUCUUGGACGAACUCCUUCCGAUCUCCAUCGAAAUGGCGAAAAGAAACCUCACUGGAAUAUGGAACUUCACCAACCCAGGAGUGGUCAGCCACAACGAGAUCUUGGAGAUGUACAAGCAAUUCAUUGACCCCAAUUUCACAUGGAAGAACUUCAAUCUGGAGGAGCAAGCCAAAGUGAUCGUCGCCCCACGAAGCAACAAUGAGCUCGAUGCAACCAAGUUGAAGAACGAAUUCCCUGAGCUCUUGUCCAUCAAGGACUCUCUCCUCAAGUAUGUGUUCAAGCCAAAUCAGAAAACUCCCACAGCUUAAAAACCCCAGUGGUAUUUUCUGCUCCAUAUUUCCUCUUCUUUGUAUUUUGUUCUUUGCCAUUUCCGUUGAUUCGAAUCUUUGGCGCCGAGCUCUUGAAUAUCAAAUCUUUUCCCCUUUAGCAUAGGACAUAGAAGCUUGAUUAUGAUCCAUAUUCGAAUACCAUAUCUAUUAUUUUGUUCUUAUCAUUAUUGAAUAAAAGUAGCUUGAAAUGAUCUUGUGUGGAGUUUCAAUUUAGGCCAUGUUAUGGGGAGAACAAGAUGUAGCAUUUUGGUAUUUGUAACUUUGCUGAUUUUGGGUCUAAAACAUUAUUGAGAACUUCUGUGCUUUAUCAGUUAUGGUUUCUAUUUUGUAAGAUGAAAAUCAUCUUUAAUGUAGUUGUCAAUUUUCUCAA